UAAAUAAUUACUGGAUAUUUGAUAAUAUUAAGGAAUUUUACACUCAUACCUGUGGUGAUGCGCUUUUUUUUUUUUUUUUUUUAAGGGAAGGGAGAACAAAAGGUAUUAAUUCAGGAGCAGAGAUGGGGGAAAAGUGAGGGAGAGAAAGAGAGAGACAAGAGGCACUUUGAUAACCAGUGGGCCCUCUCAAACAUUCCUCACAAUAGCUGUGGGGUAAGGGGUAGAGUGGGGAUCCACCUCCAAAUUAUAUCUUAAACGAAAUCUAAACUCAACCUGACAUUCAAGGCUCUCCAUAUCUAGAUACACAAGCAGUCCAACCCUCAAUCUUCCCUAAUAGGAAUAGGUACUUAAACUGUACAUCAAAGACAUAGAGGCUACAUGUGCUACUUGAGCUUUGGUAGCGAAUCUGUCCCUCAGUCCCCUGCCAGGGGACCAUGUCUUGGGCAGUGCCCCUCAGAUUUUAAGGGAGGUCAGGUUGACCCAGUUGUCUUCUUUGGGUGUGAGGCAGUGUCUCGGCAGAAAGGAUAUUAAGAAGCCCAUUGAGGGUAAAGAGAAGUGAAAGGGAGAGGUCCCUUUGGUUCAGCCUUGGACUUGCAAGUGUGAUCUUGGGAAGGUCGGUCUCCUCUCUGAGCCUCAGUGACCCCAGCUGCAAAGUUCGGAGGUGGUAGAGGAGUUGUAAGGGCCCUUCCAGCUCUGACUACUUCUGACCCUGAACGGGCGGAACGCUGGCUGCGGGACUCCGCAGCAGAAGCCGUCACACAGCUGGGCUGUAACAAAGAGCCGGGGUCUCGGGAAUGUUCCCGCCCCCAGCAGGUUUUGGAAACUCCCAGAGGCCGAGGGGCGGGGCCUGAGAGCGCCGCAGCCAAUCACUAAAGGUGCAGGGCGCCGGGGCGGGGCCUCCGCGAGCAGCGGCGGCGGCCAGGCUGGGUCCGAGCAUCCCGCGGCUCCGGACCCCCUGGCCCGGACAUGGCGGUUGUCCCGGCUUCCCCCCGAGGCGCGCUGCUGCUUCUCCUGUCCGUGGCGCGGGUCGCGGAGGUGGCAGGGGGCCUGGCCCCGGGCAGUGUGGGUGCACUAUGUUGUAAUCAUUCAAAGGAUAACCAAAUGUGCCAUGAUGUAUGUGAACAGAUAUUUUCCUCAAAAAGUGAAUCCCGACUAAAGCAUCUGUUACAGCGGGCCCCAGACUAUUGCCCUGAAACAAUGGUUGAAAUUUGGAGUUGUAUGAAUUCAUCUUUGCCAGGUGUGUUUAAGAAGUCUGAUGGCUGGGUUGGCUUAGGCUGCUGUGAACUGGCUAUUACCUUGGAGUGUCGACAGGCAUGCAAGCAGGCAUCUUCAAAAAAUGAUAUCUCUAAAGUUUGCAGAAAAGAAUAUGAGAAUGCUCUUUUCAGUUGCAUUAGCAGAAAUGAAAUGGGCUCAGUUUGUUGCAGUUAUGCAGGCCAUCACACAAAUUGCCGAGAAUACUGUCAAGCCAUCUUUCGAACAGACUCUUCUCCUGGCCCGUCUCAGAUCAAAGCAGUGGAAAACUAUUGUGCCUCUGUUAGUCCACAAUUAAUACACUGUGUGAACAAUUAUACCCAAUCUUAUCCAAUGAGGAACCCAACAGAUAGUUUAUAUUGCUGUGACAGAGCUAAAGACUAUGCUUGCCAGAGUGCCUGCAAGAGAAUUCUGAUGUCUAAGAAGACAGAAAUGGAGAUUGUUGAUGGCCUCAUCGAGGGUUGUAAAACUCAGCCUUUGCCUCAGGAUCCUCUUUGGCAGUGCUUUCUUGAAAGUUCACAGUCUGUUCACCCUGGAGUCACUCUACAUCCUCCUCCCUCCACGGGCCUUGAUGGGGCUAAAUUGCAUUGUUGUUCUAAAGCAAACACUUCAAUGUGUAGGGAACUGUGCACGAAACUUUAUAGCAUGAGCUGGGGCAAUACACAGAGUUGGCAAGAGUUUGAUCGCUUUUGUGAAUAUAAUCCAAUGGAAGUGUCCAUGUUGACUUGUUUAGCAGAUGUUCGGGAACCUUGCCAGUUGGGCUGUAGAAAUCUUACUUACUGUACUAAUUUUAACAACAGGCCAACAGAACUUUUUAGGAGCUGUAAUGCUCAGUCAGAUCAAGGAGCCAUGAAUGACAUGAAGCUGUGGGAAAAAGGAAGCAUAAAGAUGCCUUUUAUCAACAUACCUGUUCUUGACAUUAAGAAGUGCCAGCCGGAAAUGUGGAAAGCAGUAGCUUGUUCACUGCAGAUUAAACCUUGUCAUAGGAAAUCACGGGGAAGUAUUAUUUGCAAAUCAGAUUGUGUGGAUAUUCUCAAGAAAUGUGGGAAUCAGAAUAAAUUCCCCGAUGACCAUACAGCUGAAAGUAUUUGUAACCUUCUGUCACCUAAAGAUGACCUAGAGAAUUGUAUACCUUUGGAGACAUACCUCAGGCCUAGUACUUUGGGUAACAUUGUAGAAGAGGUCACUCAUCCCUGUAACCCAAACCCUUGCCCUGCUAAUGAGCUCUGUGAGGUAAACCGGAAGGGGUGUCCGUCUGGAGAUCCCUGCCUUCCAUAUGUUUGUGUUCAAGGUUGCAAAUUGGGAGAAGCCUCUGAUUUCAUCGUCCGUCAAGGGACACUAAUCCAGGUACCAUCAUCUGCCGGGGAAGUUGGUUGUUAUAAAAUUUGCUCAUGUGGACAAAGUGGACUCUUGGAAAACUGUAUGGAGAUGCACUGUAUAGAUCUUCAGAAGUCAUGUAUUGUUGGAGGAAAAAGAAAAAGUCAUGGGACAUCCUUUAACAUUGACUGCAAUAUCUGUUCUUGUUUCGCUGGCAAUUUGGUGUGUUCUACCCGCCUGUGCCUCAGUGAGCACAGUUCAGAAGAUGACCGUCGCACCUUCACAGGUCUGCCCUGUAACUGUGCAGAUCAGUUUGUCCCCGUGUGUGGGCAGAAUGGACGCACUUACCCCAGCGCCUGCAUUGCUCGCUGUGUGGGCCUCCAAGACCAUCAGUUUGAGUUUGGAUCAUGCAUCUCAAAGGAUCCAUGUAAUCCUAAUCCCUGCCCAAAAAACCAAAGAUGCAUACCCAGACCACAAGUCUGUCUGACAACGUUUGAUAAAUUUGGAUGUAGCCAACACGAGUGUUUGCCGAGACAGCUCACCUGUGACCAGGUUCGCGAUCCUGUAUGUGACACACACCACAUGGAGCACAGCAGUCUCUGCACGUUGUACCAGAGGGGGCAAAGCCUCUUAUAUAAAGGCCCGUGCCAGCCCUUCUGCAGAGCCACAGAGCCCAUCUGCGGGCACAAUGGCGAGACCUACGGUAGUGUGUGCGCUGCCUACUCAGACCGUGUGGCGGUUGAUUACUAUGGGCCCUGCCAGGCCGUUGGGGUCCUCUCAGAGUACAGUUCUGUUGCGGAGUGCGCUGCUGUGAAGUGUCCUUCACUCUCUGCAACUGAGUGCAAACCCGUCAUCCCACCCGGCGCUUGUUGCCCCUUAUGUGCUGGGAUGUUAAGAGUUCUGUUUGACAAGGAAAAACUGGAUACUAUCGCUAAGGUAACAAACAAAAAGCCAAUAACAAUUCUGGAAAUACUUGAGAAAAUCCGCAUGCACGUGUCUGUCCCACAGUGUGACGUAUUUGGAUACUUCAGCAUUGAAUCAGAAAUUGUGAUCCUGAUCAUUCCUGUCGAUCAUUAUCCAAAAGCUUUGCAGAUUGAGGCCUGCAAUAAAGAAGCCGAGAAGAUCGAAUCCCUCAUCAACUCCGACAGCCCCACUCUGGCGUCGCACGUCCCUCUCUCUGCCCUCAUCAUUUCCCAGGUACAGGUCUCGAGCAGUUUGCCGUCAGCUGGCAUCGAGGCCAGAGCCCCCUGUCUCCCUGUCCUCCUCCUCAGCCUGGGCCCUGCCUUGCACAUGUUCUGGACACAUAACUGACUGCCCGUGAAAGGUGCGAGAUGUUUCUCCAUCGAAUGUUUCUCUACUGUGAGGGACAUGCAGGACUCCUGGUUUCUAGUAGAAUAGUGGCCAAGUAAAAGCACUUGUCACCUCUGUUCACCACACAGUAUUUUUUUUAAUCUGCCAAUAUUAGGGUUUUGGUUUUGUCCUUACAAAUGUUAAAAUAUGUUCUUCCAAAUACUAAUGAAGAGAGGAUUUCUUCUUUUGGUGGAUUUCUGCCUUACAGUUUGCUCAUUAGAUGGGUCCCCCACUCUCAAACGAAGUUGACAUCAUUGAUAAGUGACAUGAUCGCUUUUUAGAAAGGUAACUCACUUUACUAUAAGGUUCAAGUCCAGAAACUUCAUUUCAGAGUUCCUUUAAGUAUUGAGGUGCCCCUGGGGUAUGUGUGCUUGUUUACAGAUAACUACCUGGUCUGUCUAGAAGCUAGGGGUCAUGGUGAAGAGCCUAUCAGAGUAUGAAAUAAAGAUAAAGCAUCUUUGGAAUUAUCAUAUACAUCAUCAGGCAAAUUUAGCUUACUGAAAUUUUCAUCAGGAACCCAUCUAUUGUGUUAAGCAGAGCAAGCUAUGGAAAUGGCAUUCACGUGACACAUUGUAAGCAAUAGAUAGGCUCAGUGGUUACUAACGUGCGUGUGACUUUUGUGAAAGGGAGAAGUUAUUUCACAUCAAAGCAUACUGCAUUAUGCAUUUUUAUAUUAACCAGAUGUAUAUUCUUCGGUAUUCAUCCGAGUUAAACUUAGAGUUUUUAAACAUCAUCCUUUAAACCAAUUGCUGCUACUUUAUAUACUUUGCCAAAAAGUGAAAUAAUUAGUAGUUCAUGUAAAUAAUACCUGAUAUUUUUAUUUUAUUAUGAAGAAGGUAAAUAGCCAUAUUUGUAAAAUGACAAUCAUGUGUGUUAACCCAGUACUUUCCGUUCAUGAAGACACAUUGCUUUUUGUGAUAUGCACAGUGUGAAUAAGUGUUCUGUCUUUCUUUUUUGAUAUAGAAUUAUAAAGAAUUGUGGUUUAUAUAUUUAAAAAUGUCGAUCUAAGUAUUACGAUGUUUGCAUGUUGUCUGAGAAAUUGAAUACUUUGAAUGUGUUUCACAGUUUGAAAUAAGCUAUUCAAUGGAAUACUUCUUGUUUGUAUGCACCUAAACUUAGAUUUUACAUGAAGUAUUUUUUUUCAGUAUUAUAUGUACCCUUUGAAAUAUAGGGCUAUGCUCAUUAUACCAAAAUAUCAUUUAAAAGUGGGCACUUAAAGCUUUCAGAAUCUCUCAGUGCUGAUGUAGCGUGUUUGUUGCAAUUGCUUUUUCUAUAUAAAUGUCUUCAAUGCAAUAUACU